UCUCCAAGCGCGAGCUGUAGCACUCAUUUCUUUUCCAUCUGUUAUUCACUGACACUUUUAACAAGGUGUCAGCGGACAUGUACCCUUCUCUGGGGGAUCUAGUACGUAGGCUGGACCGCAUUCACAACAUGUAGAUACAAGCGUGAUUUCUCUUUCUCUCUCUGCGUAACAGUGCGCUUUCAGUUCCCCUUUUUAGUGAAGCAAAAACGGGCCCGUGUCUUCUCCUAAUGUCCAGAAACAUGGAGCACACCGGCUGCGUCAACAUCUGCAGUCUCACCAGCACAUUACCGGUGAUCCCGUAUCGGAAACUAACGGACCUGCACUACAUCAGCAAGGGAGGCUUCGGGACGGUGUUCAGGGCGCAGCACAGUGACUGGCGCACCACAGUGGCGAUUAAGUGCUUGAAACUGGAUUCACCGGUUGGUGAGAGGGAAAGAAAUUGUUUACUGAAGGAAGCUGAAGUGCUUCACAAAGCUCGAUUUAACCACAUCAUCCAGAUCUUUGGGGUGUGUAAUGAACCCGAGUUCUUUUGCAUCAUAACCGAGUACAUGACCAACGGAUCGCUGGAUGAGCUCCUACAUGAGAAGGAUAUAUACCCAGCGGUGGCUUGGCCUUUGAGACUUCGUAUACUUUAUGAGAUUGCUCUUGGAGUCAAUUUCCUCCACAAUAUGUCUCCGCCACUUCUACACCACGAUCUCAAAACUCAGAACAUCCUGAUGGAUGGGGAGUACCAUGUUAAGAUUGCCGAUUUUGGCUUGUCUAAAUGGCGUCAGCUCUCGAUCACCAAAGGCUCUGGCUCCAAACCUGCUGAAAUGGGAGGCACAGUCAUCUAUAUGCCACCUGAGGAGUACGAACCCUCCAAAACCCGCAGAACCGAUGUCAAGUAUGACAUGUACAGUUACGCCAUCAUCAUGUGGGAAGUGCUGUCGAGACGAAUACCAUUUGAAGAGGCCACCAAUCCCAUGCAGAUCAUGUUCAGCGUUCUCCGAGGCGCUCGACCUGACACAGGCCUGGACAGUCUGCCGGUAGACAUUCCCAGUCGAGAGACUCUCAUUAACCUUAUGACCAGCGGCUGGACCGCCAACCCAGAUGAACGGCCUUCUUUUCUCCAUUGUCUUAUUGAACUGGAGCCCAUGUUGAGAAGAUUUGAUGAGAUUGAUGUCUUGGAAGCAGUGUUGGAGGUCAAAAGAAUAAAGUACAGGAGGCCGUCAAGCUGCUGCUCAUCGACUCAAAGUAACGGAAAGAAAAUUGAGGAAAAGUGUGUGAAAGAGCUAAAUGUCCCAUGGCCAGACAACAGUUCCACAUCUGGAUCAGGCUCCUGCUCUUCCCAGGAAGCAGAAAUAUCCCAGCCGGGCUUCCUUACCAUAUCAACUCCCUCUCAAGGUGCUUAUGCGGGUCUGCCGUCAUCAUUAAUGUCUCUUCCACUGGAUCCCCCAAAGCCUCUUAUGGACAACUGCUCUCCCAACAACCUGAGUCCUGAAUAUCAGACAGCGCAGGUCGUGUCAGACCUCAACAUACCAUUCAAAGCUCAUGCGCCUCAGAGUGAAAGUGAGCUGGCUCUUGCCAUACAACCCCUCACACUGCAUCCACACCCACAACGUAUGAUGGGAAAACAGGCAAACAAAAAUCUUAGGUUUGUGUGUGUUUUUACAGGCGUUUGGCAUUUCUGCAUUAACAUGUUUCUUCUUUUAUUCUAGUUCUUAAAACAAGACAAUAUGCUUU